GCAAGCCCAACACGCAAAUUAAGGCUUCAAACAGCAUGCAGUACAACCAAAUAGUAAAGACACCACGCAAAUGACAACUGAGUUUAUUUUUUCUUGCAUAACAUUUUAACACAAAAUUAUCUCAAUAUGCCGUGAUUAUAGUAGUUAGAGUGCGAAUCGGGCCGCAUUUUUCUGUCCGAGCCCGGCCCGCGCCCGAAAGGGCAGUAACCGAUCCCGACCGUAACCCGACAGGCAUUAAGAUAUGUCCAAGCCCGACCCAGAAACAGUUAAAAAUCGCAUCGUCACAGCAACAUAAACACAUUUCCGCACACAUGAAGAUGGAUGGUGAUAGUUCAUCUUAAAAUGAAACUUUUAUGUUUAUCAGCUUACCCCCAGGCCAUCCAAGAGGUUGGUGACUUUGUUUCUUCAGUAGAACACAAAUGUAGAUUUUUAACUCUAAUUGUUUCAGUCUGUCAGUUGUAUAAUGGAAGUGGAUGUAAACAAAAAUCCGAUAGAGAAAAAAACAUGCACAGACAAAUCCAAAUUAAACCCUGCGGCUCGUGACGACACAUCGAUGUCCUAAGACACGAAACGAUCGGUUUGUGCGAGAAACCGAACAUUAUUUAUAUCAUUUUUACCUCUAAUACAACACUAUCCACAGAGAAACGGGAGCCCCGUAUAGUGUAUAUACGCCCUCAUGCUAUGCACCCGAUACAGUAGGUGGCAGUAUGGACCUAUGAAGUUGUUUCGCAACCCACUACUAAACAUUAGAUGAAUAAGAAGGUGAUGUGAACGUGCAUGUUUCAUUUUAAGAUGAACUAUCUUUGGCUACCUACAUAUUAUAAUAAGCUGUUUUAAAUUUCAAAUGUUCAAUGCCUUAUUGCGCCGAACCCGAACAUAAUUUCUAAAUAUCUAUCCGAAUGCGGCCCGGCCCGUCGGGUACCGUCGGGUCCCGUCAGACUCGAGUCGGGUAUCCAUCCUCUAAUAGUAGUACACAAUCAUUUACACAUUAAAUAAAUAUGCCGGUCAUUAAUCAUUGACAUCUUAAUACUCGAAGGAAAGUUAAUACCAUUUUAUUAGUUAAUACCGGUUUUUUUUUAUUUGUGAGAACACAAAACUUUGCAGAAAUACCAUAUAUUCAAUUCUAUUUUAUUGCUUUAUAUUCUAUAUAUAAAUAAGUCCCCCAUUUUCUAUGGUUUCUUCUCUUGUAAAGCUGCUUUUUAACACCGCAGUGUUGUAAAAAAGUGCCACAUCAUCCACUUCUAGUCGGCAUUGGUGUUGUUUGUUUGACUUACAACCGCUUACAACAAAGCAGUGACAUCUAGCCUUCGUUUCAGCCACUGUUGAACUGUGCCGGAAGUGGCCGUGCACAAAGUUGACAAGUCCCACCCACGAAAACCGAAGCGUGAUAAUCCCCUAUUGUCAGAAAGUCUUUUAUUUCCUGUAGUUUUAUUUUGAAAUCGCAUUAAUAUUAUUUCCUUUCCGAGCGCGUACAUCUUAAUUCACGACUCUGCAUUCUGUGGGAUGGUGGCUCUUGUGUGCGUAAUCUAAGUGAAAGCAAUGAACAGAAAAGGGAGAAGCUCAAAAACUGCAAACAUGAAUGUAGAAUCUGAACUGUCUGGCUCUGUUGAUUCAUCCCACACGGAUCAGAAGGUUUCCAAUAAGACCUUUGCUCUCUUUGGAAACUCUACAUCAGUUCAGUUUGGUAGUGAUAAUAUUUUACUGGGAGAAGAACCACCUCUUAAAGAUGUAGAACUGAUCAAACCUUUAAAGAUUAAGAUAUCGGACAAUCACAUCUCAGUCAUCAACAUGAUUGACUUCACCAAACUUCCCAUGGGCUCUGUGGAUUAUCUCAUUGGUCAACUAAUGCAUGAAAAUGAAAUCUCUGUCUUCAUCUAUGUUGUACGACUGGGCCAGUUAACAGAUGCUGAUAAGAUGGGUCUUGAAUGGCUACAGAAAGUAUUUGGUGACAGAGUUUUUCAGUUUGUGAUUAUUCUUUUCACCUAUGAGAGAGAGGAAGUGUCUGACACUAUAAUAGAUGACCUGAAGGGGAACCAACUGGUGAAGAAAUGUGGAGGAAGAUAUCACACCUGCAACAAAACCAUGAACAACCAAUCAGAGAUGAGAGAACUCGUAAGCAAGACUGAAAGUCUGUUUAAUGGGAAUAAAGAGCAAUGCUACACUGAAGAGAUGUUUAACACACUUGGCCAAAGUAGGGAAAACCUGAGAAAGGUCUUUAACAGGCUUCAUAUGUAUGACAGUAAACUGAGAAGUGCAGAUGUUCUUCAGGUAACUGAACAUGUAUUGGAGUCUGAUGAGUCUUGUGCCGAAGAAGAACUGGUCAAGAAUUAUCUACAGAAACUAAUGAUGAUGAACUACAGAGCAAGAUACAUUAAAAGACAAGAAAACAAAAAACAACAUCACACACAACCAGCAAACAAUGACUCACUUGAAGAUGAGGGGGAUUUUUUUGAUAUGUUCAAAGAAAUGAAUUUGUCUAAUAAAGGAACAAGUAAAUCAGACCCUGUUCACCCGAUGGAUGUUCAGAUGGCUGUGUUUCAUUGUGCUGAUAGUUUCCUCAAGCAGUUGAUGGUCACUAAACUCUCGCAGUGUCAGUUUGCUCUUCCUCUGCUUGUUCCUGAUCCAUUCUCACAAAAGAUUCUGUGUCCUCUCUGGACAUUCAGACAAAUCAACAAGAGUUGGAAGAUGAGAAAUCCCGACAAUGAAAUCAUCAGCAAAGUCCAGCCAGUGUGCAAAGCAAAAACUCCAAUGGUGUCAUUCUUCAGGUUUGGUUCUGUGUCUUCAUCCAAGUCUCAGCUGAUGAAUAGUCUGAUCAAUGAGAAACACAACACGUUCUUCAACAGGAACUGUCAAUGCAGCAGCAAAGCCAGACUGCUGAUGGAUGGAGUGGUGGAGAUUGCCUGGUUCUGCCCCUCUGGAAAAAAUACAGAUACAUUUAAUGACUGUGUUGCAUUCUGUAAUCUUCAUGGUGAUGCAGGAGUCAACGGUAACCAACUGGAGAUCAUCACUAAAAUGUCUUCAGUCAAUGUUGUUCUUCUACAACAGCUUGACAAGAAUGACAGAAGCGCGACCACAAUUCAGAAGCUGUACAGGGAUGACGAGCCAGUUAUUUUCCUUUUUACUGAGGAUGACUCUGCUGUUAGUCAGAUGAGGAAAGGAAAAUACAAGAUUGGUUUGAAAGACAGAAAUCAGUCAGAUGUAUCUGAGGAACUCAAAAGAGCUAUAAAUGAUUGUCUCCCAUAUGCAGCAUCCGCUAUGUUCAGACUUGAAGAUUUGUCAAAACACUCAAAUAUCAGAGUAGAUGAGGAAGAUGAUGAAGAUUGUAAAAGAGGAAAAGAAGCAGCGCAGGAGAUGAUGAAAAUACUUAAGAAAAAACCUCUGACAGAAAUCAAAAAAUCAUUUCUGCCCCAUCAGGGGAAACUGUGGCAUCAGUGGUGUCAGAAGAACAAAGAACUUCAUCGACCUGAAGGGAAGGAGACAGAACUAGUAAUAAGUAGAAAACGAACAGAAAUGAAGAAAACUCGAGAAGAGCAGCAUGGAAUUCCUAUAAGUGAUUUUAUAGGGCUCUUUAUGAAACAAAUAAACUUAUGUGAUGCUAAUUUGAAUGUGUAUUUUCUGAAAUGGCUUAGUAUCCACUUGGAUGAAUAUACCUCAGUUGAUCUUUCUGCCCUACAUCACAAGUAUGAUGAAAAGUGGUCAGCAGUCUUGGAACUGAAAGCAAAAGAUGAAUCUGAGAAGCUCAAAGAUGCACAAACAGAACUUGAUAGAAUAUCUAAGGAACUUCAAUCUGCAACAUUUGGAUUGGAGCACAUCAUGAGAGAGAUCGGUCAGAUAUAUGAAUCAUGGGCAUCUGUAAAGGAGAACAAGGAAGGUAUUCAGCCUUCUCUCCCAGGUCUUGCAGCAGAGAUGAUGAUCUCUGGAUUUCCACUGGAGCUCAUGGAUGGAGAUGCCGCUCAUGUUCCUGUCACGUGGAUUACUGCGGUUCUAGAUGAACUCAUUCAGAAACUGGGAGACCGGAGAGUUUUUGUGAUGUCAGUUUUAGGAAUUCAAAGCUCUGGGAAAUCCACCCUGCUGAAUGCCAUGUUUGGGCUUCAGUUUGCAGUCAGUGCUGGCCGGUGUACCAGAGGAGCUUUCAUGCAGCUGGUCAGAGUGUCAGAAGAAAUGAAAAAACACUUUGAUUAUAUUCUGGUUGUUGAUACUGAGGGUCUACGCGAUGCAGAACUGGCUGAAAGAUCCACAAGACAUCAUGACAAUGAAUUGGCCACAUUUGUUGUGGGUCUUGGUAAUCUGACAUUGAUCAACAUCUUUGGAGAGAACUCAUCUGAGAUACAGGAUAUUCUUCAGAUUGUCGUUCAAGCCUUUCUGAGGAUGAAGAUGGUCAAACUGAAUCCCAGAUGCAUGUUUGUACAUCAGAACGUUUCAGACGUUACAGCUGGAGAGAAAAACAUGGAGGGAAGGAGAAGACUGCUGCAGAAACUGGAUGAGAUGACAAAACUGGCAGCCAAAGAGGAAGUUAACGAUGCAGAGUGUUUCAGGGAUGUCAUUAAUUUCGAUGUACGUAAUGAUGUGAAGUAUUUUGCACAUCUAUGGGAGGGCAACCCACCCAUGUCACCUCCAAACCCAACCUACUGUGAAAACAUUCAAGAACUAAAGGAAGCCAUUAUCUCACAAGCCUUAAAAUCAAAUGGAAUGAGUCUGAUACAUCUACGUGAGCGAAUUCAUGAUCUCUGGGAGGCUUUACUGAAUGAACGAUUUGUCUUCAGCUUCAAAAAUUCUCUGGAGAUUUCAACUUACAGGAGACUGGAGGCCGAAUACAGCAAGUGGACCUGGAUUCUUCGCAGUGCCAUGAUGAAAAUUGAAAACAAGCUACAAAACCAAAUAGAAAAUGAAGCAACACAUGAGCCUGAGCAAAGAGAUCUUCAAAGGGAAUUGAACGUGACAGGUGAGGAAGUGAAGAAGUCAAUGUCAGAAUUCUUUGGGAAAGACACAGAUAGAGAUAUAAUGAUUCAGUGGAAAGAGUCGUUUGACAUAAAAAUCAAAGAGCUUCAGGAGAGCAUUUUGAGAGAAACAAUGAGGAAAUUAAAUCAGAUUUUUCAUCAACGAGACUUGAAGAAAAAGAUAGAUGCUCAGAAAACACAUCACGAAAACACUCUGUUAGAAAAGAGCAAAGAACUUGCAAUAAAGCUCAGAGAUAGAACGAGUGAUGAAGAAACUCUGAAGCCAGAGUUUGAUUUGUUUUGGGAAGAAUGUGUGAAGAAGAUUAGCAGAGAUUCUCUACCAAUCAGAGACAUUGACAUACUGAAAGAUGUGAAAGAGAUCCUUAGUCAGAUAUAUGAAAGUGUCACUGUGAAGGCCUGCAUGGAGAGCAACAACGUUUUCUUCGUUCCAACUUAUUCUUGUUAUGUCAAGCUGAAAAAAUCCAGUGGAAUGACAGUUAAAAAUGUAUGCACAGCAGCUAAAGAGAAGUUUGGGUCAAUUCUAUCUAAGGAGGAUGAAGCCCAAAUAGGAGACUUAUUCACAGAUGUCAUUCAGCAAACAGACAAGAUGAUUAAGUCACUUAACAUCUCAAAGAUGGGCUACACCAUCAGCUGCAUCCAACACCUCAUAGAUUACGUCAAGACGAGAAUAACAGAAUAUGAGAAAGGCCCAGUGAAAUAUGUGUUCAAGAAUGAAUUCUUCAUAGAUCUGGUAUUGUCUAUAUUUAAGAGAGCAAACAAGUUAUUCACUGACCAACACAGAAUGUUCAUAGAAGCCAAUGAUCCUGUUCUCUAUUUGAUGAAGAAGAGGGGAGAAUACUAUAGUAUUUUCCAGAAAUACUGUCAAGGUGCGACAUCAACAGCUAUUUUUGCUGAGAUCAUCUGUCAGAAACUGAAAGAACCCAUUGAACGGAGUGUUUACAAACACACCGCCAGAGAUUUAGCAGAUGAAAUGAGAAUAAACUGUCCGUCGCUGAACGAAAACAGAUCAAAUAUGGAGAAACACAUCAUGAAGAGACUAGCAGAAGAGGAGAACUUUUCUGCAUUCAUUGACUACAUUUACAAUCCCAGAGAUCAUUUCAAGGAUUUCAUCAGAGAUGAAGUUUCUCAGUACAUCAGAGAUGAGUUCGGUAUCAGUGUUCAACCAAAAUUGGAUGAAAACCUAAAAGUCCUGCAGCAGACGAUCAUGGCAGCUGCACAUGAAUCUACUGAACUUGUUCAAGUGAACAGAGGAGAUGUUGAUUUGUGGUUGAAGUCUUUCGCGGAGAAGCUCUCAGAUGUCUUGAAAUUCUCUGUGAAUGACUUGAGCGGAGUGAAACGUGAUGUUGUUGAUGAUUUUAAACUCCUUGAAGACGUGAUAAGAACAGAACUUCCAUCUGUAAUGUCUUUAAUCAGCAAAGAGUUCAGCGCAGAAACAUUUGAUAUAAAACUGGAUGUUAACAGCAGACCAGAUGAGAUUCUGAUUGAUCAUUUAUGUCAGUGCUGCUGGGUUCAGUGUCCGUUCUGUAAAGCCAUCUGUACCAACGCAAUAGAUAAACAUGAUAAUGAUCACAGCGUUCCUUUUCAUCGAGUGAAUGGAAUUAAUGGAUUCUAUAAUGAAAAAACAACCAAUCUUUGUACAGAUUUUUGCUCAACUCUAGUGUUGAAUUCUGAACGGUUUAAGGCAUCAAAUAAGUGGAUUGCAUUUAAUGACUACAGAAGAGCAGGAGGAGUUUAUGCAAAGUGGAGUAUCAAUCCUGACCUCUCUGAGCUGCCCUACUGGAAGUGGUUUGUGUGCAAAUUUCAGGAAGAUCUGGAAAUGUACCAUGGGAAAACAUUUCAGGGCGAUGGUGAGAUUCCAUUUGAAUGGAGACAAUAUACGAAACAAGAUGCUAUUGAGAGUUUAGAUGAAUACCACAGCCCAAAACAGAUUAUAAUAAGAGCAAAUAACAAAGUUUACGUGAUCAGAGAAUAGAACAUACAGCCAGAUGUUUAAUUCAUUCAUUGUUUAUUUAUAAAGCACAUUUAAAACCAACCCAGGAUUGACCAAAGUUCUAUAUGAUGAUCUAUGAGACCAAAAAGACUGACAAUCAAUAUAAAAAAAACAUACAGCAUAAAAACCCUUGGAACAUCAAAGGAGUAGUUCACCAAAUAAUACAUUUUCUGUCUUUACUUAUUUACCCUUUUGUGGUUCCAUACUCUGGAUGAAGAAUUAUCAUCUCCAGCUGAACUUCGCAAAGACAAAACUGCUUGCCAUAUCAUCUGGCCCUAAGAUUCACCACAAUCUUUUAAUUUAACUUGGUUCUUUGACCAUUAUGCCUUUCAGGACAGCCAGAAACCUUCAGAGACAUACAAAAUGUGCAGAGCAGUCGGCCUCCAGGACCAGGAUUGAGAACCACUGCUCUACAACAUUAGUAAAAUUAGACCUUUUCUAUCUGAGCAUGCUACACAAGUUCUAGUCUCAGGCUCUUGUCCUGUCCCGACUGGACUACUGCAAUGUGCUACUGGCUGGCCUCCCAGCCAGCACAGUCAAACCCACUCUGAAGUGGUUCUAACCUUAAUAGAAAAGCUAACCAAGUCAAAGUAAAGUGAGCUGGCACGACCCGACCUGUGGGGUCUAUGCAGUGGAAAGACCGCUGCCCCAGAAAGCCUCCUGCAGAUGAUCCACUGCAAUUGCACAACUGUCUGCCGAACACAACAGUGCAGUUGGAGGGCAUAUGGACUACUUGUGGACCAUGUCAAGUUGGGAAUUGUGAGAAUCACUAUAAUCAACCUCUAUGGGAGAAAGAGUGUGAUGACUAAUGGUAAAUCUAGUGAAGGUCACAGUGCAAAAAAGUAUACAAAAUAAAUAAGAGAAAACAACUUAAGAAAAUAGAAAAGAUAUUUAUAAAUAAGAAAAGUAUUAAAAAAGCCCCAAAAACACAUUAUAAAACUUAAUAAAUAAAUAAAUAAAAGGGGUUAACGUUACUGAGCCUUCACAUGGCAGCCCUCUUCUGACUAAUUUUACAGUACCACACAGUUCUAAUGAAUUUAUUUUUUAUUGGAAUCAAAAGAAUGGUUAUAACCUACAGAAACCACCAACAGUAGGGAAACAAUAUGGGAAAGGAGAAAUAUGCAAUUACUUGUACUUGUUUUUUUAUAACCAAUUUAUUUUAUAUAUAAUUGUACUUGAAAUCACUCAUCUAUUAUUCAAAUAUGCUUAUUAGAAUAUUACAUGGUCAAAACAUUUAUCCGGCACCAGUAUUCAUGGUUUAGGGGGAAUACAAUGGAGUAAUGGUCAUUUUAAGGACCUGACGGCAGCCAUUUUGAAAAUGGGGCCUUUCUUGUAGUCAAACUUUGGUAAACUUUUAGUAUGUUUUUAAGUACUUCUGAUACUACUGUAGUACAACCAAGAAACCUUUUGUUAGGUUUUUUUUUCUCAAACCAUAUUUGCAGCUUACUACUUAUGCUUUAUUUUUUUCUCUACUUCAACCAUAACCACCUUCUAAUGCUAAACUGUAUGUGUGCAUGUUUGUAUGUUUAGAGUAGUAUGUGUUUAGUUCAUCAAUAAAGUCUGAUUUGUAUUAAACAUGAUGUUGUUUGUAGUAAAUGCUCAUAAUCUGGAGUCACUAAUCAUUAAAGUGAUCGCUACGUGCUCUUAAAGCUGUUGGAUACAUUUUAGGAUGUGGCUUUAGGAUCACAAGUGUGUUUUUUAUAAAAUCUGACCUUGUUCAAAAAAUAGCAAUGCAUCAAAAUCAAUGUUGCUACCAAUCUUUGACUCAUUCCAGGGUCUAAUAAUAUUAAUCACAU